AUGGAGUGUAUGUGUCUGAGGAGGUGGGCGGGCUCUGCAGUCGUGUUCCUUCACACACUGGCUUUAUCCUGGACAGGUACGAUUGAGCCCGCCCCCAAAAUUGACGGAUGGCACCGGGCAGCAGUGACCCUGCAGGAGAACUCGACUCACCGGUUUAGCUGCCAGUCAGAUGGCUGGCAUCCCCGCGCCCCUCCCUUGCUGACCUGGUACCUCAACGGGGAGCAGCAGGGUGAUCCAUCACCCAACCGUGGGCGCCUGGUGAUGACAUCGCAGGAAGAUUCUGAGGUCCUGAGACCAAGGACCAAUCACAACAGCACCUUCUCUCUGCAGGCCAGGAAGUGGGACAGGGAGCUAGUGUGUGUCGCAUCAAAUCCCCGGACAGGAGAAAGCUACAAUGCCACAGUCACACUCAAUGUCCAGUUCCAGCCAGAGAUCCUCAGGGUGAACGCCCACUACAGUGAAACCUCAGACCCUGGCCUCUCCCUGGUCCUCUUCGCCUUGGUACGGUCCAACCCACCUGCCACCAUCACCUUCGUGGACCAGUCCGGCCGGCUGGUGGCCAACACUUCAGACUUCCUCAUCUUGGACUCGCGAAGCUAUCCCUGGCUCACCAAUCACACACUGAGGGUGACGCUCAGUAGCCUAUCAGGGAACGUCUCACUGAACGCCAGCAACAGUGUGGGAGCGGUGCAGAGCAACCUCACACUGGCAGAGUUCCUGCAGUCCAGUGUGGAGGUGCCCAUGCUGGGAAUAGUGACUGGGGGAGCCAUGGCCUUCAUGGCCCUCCUCAUCCUCAGCCUAAUAGUUCUCUGUCUCAUGCAAAAAAACAAAAGCAAGUCCAUCGACGAGCCAGUGGAGAUUCUGAUGACCAAGAAAAGUGACUCUGCCAAUCUGAAGUCAGAGAAGGAUGACAAGACCUACAUCCCCAGAGAGAACAUGUCUCUGCCUUCCAACAUGCAGCUCAACGACCUCAGCACUUUGAGAAAAGCUCGAGAGGCCGCCCAGCAGAACAGUGUGGGAGAGAAGAAGAAAGAGGAAGAGGAGGAGGAAGAUCUGUCUUUAGCCUACGCCGCCAGAGGUUUUGCCAGAUAUCCGAUGGUGGGGUACAUCUAUAAGGUAAACAGCACAAGCAGUGAGGAGAUCUGGCUCUGA